UUUGAACGCGCGCUGCGCGAGUGCCCGUCACAUCGAGCGCGUGCGGGAGCGCGGAUUUGAGCAGCAGGUCUGAUGUGUGGACGGAGAAUACAAACGGGGGUGUGGUUUGGGUCAAUAACUAUCACAGUUUACGGUCAAAUCAAAAUACUGCAACCCGCCGUGAAGGUGGAGAGGCUGUGUUCGUGAUAUCACAAGCACGGGACUUGUUUUGUGCAAUUGAAUUUCUGUGAGGAGACGCUUCACGCGCUCGUGGCAUUCUGUGGACGGUGAUUCUCGUGUCGAUGCUUUUUAGACACAAAGCUGGUCGAUGGAAAGGAUGAGGAUGGAAAGUUCCCACUAAACUGGCUUUUAUUACAAUAUGGGAUGGAUUUUACAGACGGACAUUUACACGUUUGAUUUGAAUUUGGGACAACUGAAUUGAAUCUUGUUGGUGCAUACACGUAAAGACUCUCUGCAGAUCUGACUGACUGACUUACAUAAGAGCGCUUUGUGUUAGAAAGCAGACAAACUGAAAUUCAGCGUUUUACACGACUGAAAAGCACAGAGGAUAUAAGAUCAUCCCUUGACACAGGAAAUAUUUUUCCAUGCUUACCUGGAUGAAAUGUAGAUUGAUGGAGAAGAGGAAACAAAACACAUACUUCUUAAACUAUGAUUGUUUUUUGGUACACUAAGAAAGUCUUGCUUUGAAAGAACAUUAUUGUUUUGAAUACCUAAUAUCUGCCGUCACUCCUAAGGCCCUCGUGUACCUCAACAGUCAGCAAAUUAAAUUAUUGCUUCAAAAAGCAUACUGAAACUACAGAAAGAUGAACAACAAUCUGCAAAACACAAACAUGUUUACAGUACAAGCAGACGUCAUAUUUCACGCCGCAAACCUAGACUCUCCAGAACCAUCUCUCCCUUCUGAAGGGAACAAUAAUCUCCCGGCCAUGGGGAAAAUGGGAAUUCCCAGCAUGGAUAUACAGCAGGGUGUGUGGGCUACAUCCGAAUCGGGAGGAUUGACUGACAGCAGGAGUCUGGGACAGUGUGGUGCUGUAACGGGUGCAGAAAACGCACAAGAUGCCGUCUCCAGUGACAGUGGAUUUCAAGAGCACAUUCAGUCUGUGGACACAACAUCUAAAGCACAACACUUGGACCUCAGUUUGAGAAAUAUAAGUGAACUUUCAGGUCGAGGAAAUGUCAAAGAAACAAAUGGAGCAAAAGUAACCUCCAGUACCUCUUACGGUAGAGAAAACAAGGAGGAAAUAGAGAAAUUAUCUAAUGCUCUCAGAGACACUGAGGUUGUUCGGAGACGGUCUGACAUUAAAAAUGCCACCUCCGUGUCGGAGGACAGAAAUCAUUCCUAUUCAAGUUCCCAGGAAACGAGGUCAGGUUGCUUUUUAGGUUCCUCUGAAGGAGCAAAUCAGACUCAAUACAGAACAUUGUACGGACAGACGGGACUGGAACAGAGCCAAGGCCAAAAGCACAGUGGAUCUGCAGUAAGAGCGGCUCACUCGGCAAAAGAAGAGCCGAAUUUAGUCAUAGAGGUGGGCGGACAAAAAAUCCAAGCACACAAGGCGGUAUUAGCUGAGAAAAGUGAUUAUUUUAAAGCCAGGCUUUCUCGGGACAUACUAAAGGUGAAGGGAAUGAGCUACAAGACCUUUUCUGUGCUUAUCGAUUAUGUUUAUUCAUCUCAGAUGAACGUAAACAAAGACAACGUCGUGGACGUCAUCACAGGCGCAAAGAUAUUGCAAAUGCCCUGCGCGGUGCAAUCUGCGAUCGAUGCCAUUUCCAUGCAAAUCACUCCGGAGAACUGCUACGAAAUCCUGACUAUCGCCAAAAAGCAGCGAUUGAAUGAACUGAAAGAGACGGCUUAUCGAUUCAUGAGCGACAACUUUCUCCAAGUCCUGCGAGAUCCGGCCGUUUACGGGCGCCUUACGGGCUCGGAGAGAGAUCUGAUCCUGCGUAAGCGGAUGGAGAGCCGCAAAAGUCUGAUGGUGGCGGAAAUUAAUGAUGUUUUUGAGCGCGUAGGGAGCAGACCACCGAGCAGAAACAGCAGUCGACCCCAGAGCCCUCUCUCCAUCACAUCCUUUGAGGAUAAUCACAUGAUCUACUACUACAACAAAAGCACUAAGGACUGGCACACCCUGACCGUCAUGCCAGACGACAUCAACACCAAGGGCUGUGGUAUCUGUACGAUGUACAACUACUUGUUUGUGGCAGGUGGAAUCAGGGGAACCGGGGACAAGAGCAAGGUCUCGGAUAAAGUGUACUGUUACAAUCCCAUCACGGAUCGCUGGAGCGAGGUCCGACCCAUGAGCCAAGCGCGAUCGCAACUCAAACUCGUCUCCAUGGACGGGUAUCUGUACGCCAUCGGUGGCGAAUGUCUCUUUACGGUUGAGAAGUACGACCCUCGCAUGGACCGCUGGACUGCGGUGGCUCCUCUACCCAAGGGAGGCUUUGCAGUGGCGCAUGAAGCCACGACCUGCAACGGAGAGAUUUACGUCUCGGGAGGGUCUCUGUUUUAUCGGCUGCUGAAAUAUGACCCUAAGAGAGACGAAUGGCAGGAAUGUCCUUACAACAACAGCAGGAAAAAAUCCACAGAUAUGGUUGCUCUCAAGAGCUUCAUCUACCGAUUCGACGUCAACCGUGAACAGGGCAUCAGCGUGUUUAAGUACAACACCAUCGUAAAGAUGUGGCACGACUGUGCGACCCAGCAGCAAGGCUGCACGCUGCCGUUUCGCUGUGCGGUGAUUGAUAACUGCAUCUACUGUGUGAAUAAAUCUCAGACCCUUCAGUUCAUCAUAGAAGAGGACGGAGGUCGGUUCAAGGAAGAGUUUCUUAAAGCACCCACGGAGGCUAAAGGCAUCUUAUUUCCCUUCGUUCUCAGUUUGCCUGAGAGAGGUGGAAGAUUUAUGUGACCCUUUUGAGUUGCUCCAAAGUUGGAGAAACUGAAUGCCUGAUCAAUAUUUAUAGAUUACACUUUAUCUCCCGAGAAGUUCAAGGUGUCAGCACAGCUUGAAUGUGCUGGAAUGUUUUUCUUUGCAUGGUAGACGCCUUAAUGCUCCACUAUUCAACUUUGGUAGAUUAAAGGGUCAAUUCAACCAAAAUGAAAGAAUGUUAUUAAUUACUCGCCUUCAUGUCGUUCCACACCCAAAAGACAGACGAGAAUACUUGUUGGGCUCAUAAAGUCAGUUUUCGACACGUAUUAACCAAAGCAGCACAUGCUUAUGGGUGAUUCUCACGAAAUCCAGAUUUAGAAGGUGUCCAGCAUUCAGAUUUUUUUUUUUUAAAGCCCUUGAAGACAUUUUUUUGCACCUUAAGGUCUGAACUUAAUAUAACCAUUAUUUUUUGAGGAUUUAAAAUAUUUCCUAUUGAAUAAUUUACAUUUCAAAUUUUUUUAGAUUAUCAUUAUCAAAAAUGAUCAUUACCGCAACAUGAUAUUACAUUACAUAUAUGCAUUUACAAACUCAUGUUUCGGUAAUGAGAACUAAAAAGUUGUCUAGGUACUAUGACAAACAAAAUUUCUACUUUUAUCUGGAGAGAAAAAAUAAGAACUGCUUUCCUGGUAGUCAUCUUGAGUGUCACAGUCAAUUAUGUCCCUUCCAACAAUAUUUUUUUUAUUAUUGCGGAGGAUGAGAAAAUUGGUCUUGAACACAUUUAUAUUCCUUAUUAUUGUCUCUACAUUUACCAAUGAUCACCAAAUACCACAUGUUUCUUUACUGUAAAUGUUUAUAGUAUAACAUGCACUGAAGCUUUUUAUUUUUUAGAUUUUUUUAAUUAAAAAUAUUUCCAUGUCAAAGAACCCAAAUCCAGUCAUGGACACGUUGCGGUAAUGAAAAUGUUCCCCUUAAAUGUGGAAAAAACAACAACAUUGUUUUGUAUGAUGUCAUUUGAAAUCAUGUGCAAAAAAGUACAUGAAGAGAUGUUUGUAACUUUAUACUUUUUAUUUUGAUAGCAUUUAUUUUUUUAUCAAAAUGUUUCAUGACACCUCAUAAGUUCGCGAGAAUCAGCCUUAUGUUAAACACCGGCAUCGUGUGUCAGCCAUAGAUAUAUAUGUACACACAGAUGCUUCAUUCAAAUGCUGAAUAGAUGUAAGCUUCUAUUUAUUUAUGGCUGUCGUUUAAAACACAUGCGUGCGCUCCUUUCAUUAAUGCCAAGUUCACACUACAGGAUUUUAAAGGCGGGGUGCAUGCCGGUCAGAUUGGGUUGUGAUCGGGGGCAAAUUAGUGAGCGAUCAGCGCUUGCCGAUUUUUUAAUAUCUGGAGCUGUCGUCUUGACUCAUGUCAUGAUGAGCUACAGCCAAUGAGAGCAAGGCAUGGGUUGAGGUACACACGUAUGCCGAUUCAUUCUUUCACCCAUAUUUUUUCACCAAGAUAGUUUUUUCAGAGCAGAUAAUAGUGCAAAACUAUGGAGCCCCUAAGGGGACAUGGAGCAAAAAUUUAAUUUGUUUUAAAUUUAGUUUUGCGUGCGCAAGUGAAACUUUCGCUUUCAUGUGUGCAAGCGAUAGGUUUUAGUUUUACUACAACUAAAUUUUAGAUUUUUUUACUCCAAUGUCACCUUAAGGGCUCGGUACAAAACAUCUUGCUGCGCUAGUUUCUUUCUGAAGUCCAUUUUUAAAUAAACAAUUCCUGUUUCAUGGUUGUUUCGCAUGCCUUUCCACGUCUUGCGUGUUUCUUCGUGCCAAAAUGUGGUUUGGGGUCCAGAUAGAGUCGGUGGGUUUUUCUCAGCUUGUCUAGUGCUUGACUUCCUGUUGCGGAUCAUUUACGUAGUGUGAACACCUUAAUGAUUUUAAGACUUUACAUAGAGCAAAUUAUGUAGUCUGAACAGCACAGCGAUCGGCCAACUGUUAAAGUCACACUUUCUUUGUGUGAACAUGGCAUAAUACACAUCGGACAGAGACUUUAUGAGCCCCAAAGGUAUUCUCGACGCUUCAUAAAAUAAAAAUUGAACCACUGUAGUAACUGUAGGACUAUAUUAAUGAUGUCUUUACUGCCUUUCUUGGCCUUGAAAGCUGUGAGUUGCAUUGCUUUCUUAGGGGGAAAGCUCUCAGAUUUCAUAUCUUGAUUUGAGUUUUAAAGAUGAACAAAGGUUUUACAGGUGUGGAACGAGUUGACAAUGACAAAAAUGUCAUUCUUGUAUGAAAGUCAUAUAUAUCUUAGCUGUGCAGUCUCUUUCAUUUGUUUUGUGCACUUUUGUAUCUUAUAGUAAUUUGGAUUGAACUGGAAUUGGUCCGUGUGAAAUGGAGAGCACAAAUGAACAACUAAAGCACAUGACGUAAUAACGGGACCUUGUUUCCUAGCAACAGAUUCUAUGCAAAUAGAUGUUAGUAUUAAAUAAUAAAAUCUUGAAUCACACAAAAAGCCUAAACGAACAGCUUUGACACACAUAGGCCAGUGAAUUAAGGCCCUGAAGAAGCAGCCAUACGUUACGAGCACAAAGCACUUGACUUCUAGAACUGCUGCUGUCUCAGAUAUUACUAGAUAAGAUGUUAAAUUGAACUGUUCAGUUCAUCAUAUUUAAAAUAAGCACUUAAUAUGGAGGCAAACAAACACGGAGGGUCAUUCCUCAUUAUUGAAUCAUUGCCAAAGAUAAACCUGAUUUUGCGGGCAGUUAAACAUUAAAACAUUACAUUCUCAUGAGCAAUACAUUCUUAUCAGGCAAUAUGCAUCAAGCAUGAUGUUUGGGAUUUGAGCAAAGUCCUCUUUAUUACAGAUACAAUUUAAAAAACACUUUCUCGUGGUCAAGCAUUUCAGAUAUUGAAGGAUUCUUCUGCAUUAUUAUAUUGGUUUUCUAUCCACGUUAUCAAUUUAGGGUAUCACUGUAGAAACCAUAAAAAUGAGACGAUACAGAAAAACCAGCAUUUAGUAUUGUGUUCAUAGCAUGCCAUUCAUCUUUAUAAUUCGGAUGCUCUUUGUUCACCUCCUGUGACAUCUGGAGUAUUUUACUACGAUUUUACUUCAUGCUUCAUAUACUUUGUGCUGUGUUAAAACAAUCUUUCAUUAAGUGAAUACAGGCAUGAAUGUUGCUACGAUUACGAACGUGAAUGUUUUUGUGACUUCAUGCCCUUGAAUUUCCCCUCUGUGCUUUUACUUUAACAAACCUUGACAAGCACCACACCGUUUAAUAAACACUUUGAGGUUACAAUAGAUCUUCCUGUUUACCUCCUUUGUGUUUUUGAUCUUUAUAAAUCACGCCCGAGUGCUUCUAGAAAGAUGUGCACCUGAGACUCGGAUGUUGUUGCAAGGUAACCGGAGUGAUGCUGUGUUUGGCUUGGGUGUUGCUUGCUUACUGACAUGUAUAAGGCUAAUAUGCUAUUGAAAGAUAUGGCUUGAUGCUUUUACUUUUUCAGUGCCUAUGUCCGUUUAACAUUUAACAAACUAAUGUGUCUGUGUUUACAAUAAAGUUUUUUGUUGCCGUUCUCAGUCAUAUAUAGUUUCUUCUGUUUCAGGUUGAUCCAUUUGAUGUUUAUUUUAAUUAUUAUUAGACAGGUCAGAGUCAGAUUAUGAAAAUGUUUAUUUAUGAGACUUUAGAAAAGAUCUGCAAUGGAAACAAACCUGUAGAGGAUUUCUGAAGCAGUUACGCCAUCCACUGGAUAAAUUCGGUAAUGCUUUGUAAAUGCGACCCAGUCUGUGAAAACCUAGCUAGUCAUGUUUUGGUGAUUUACUAUUUUCUAUAUAAAAUCAUCCUACAUAAUGUAAUGACAUUUUUUUAUUAUGACCGAGUAAUGUCAUGUUAAAGAUUUAAAUCAAAAGCUUGAAUUUCACAGACAGGGUCACAUAUUCAGAAAUGGAUCCUGAGAUAACAUUCUCAUCAGAAUAAGUUUAAAGUAAAUAAAUAUGCAUAAAAAAAUUGCAUUCAGAAAUUGUUAUAGCCAUAUUGUUAAAAAAAAGGCAGCAUGAUAUAAAUUCAUUAA